UCAAACGGUCACUGCAUCGUAACCGGCUUGUCGUCUCUACGUCGUAACCGUAAUACGCAGUUGUCAGUUUUUGCUUUCGUUCAAGACGAUCGAUUAUUUGUGUCGCAGUGUUUCAAACUUUCAAGGUACGCAGUAUUCUUCUGACCAUCUCAACUGGAACUUGAAGAGCCAUUGUCAAGGUGAGAAAUAACGGGAAUUGGAGAAAAUUGUUUCAAGGUACGCAGUAUUCUUCUGAGCGUCUCAACUAGAACUUGAAGAGCGAUUAUAAAGGUGAGGAGUUUCAGGAAUUGGAGAAAAUGGUCGGUGGUCUUCGCGAAAGAGAUUAUCAGCGAGCGGUGCAAAAACGUAACGAAGCUUGCCGGAGAUUCGAUAAUCACUGUCAGGCCGCAAGAUAUUUUGAACGGGAGUCAAGGUUAGCAGAGCACUUCAACUCUUGGAGCUCCAGGGGUUCUUACCGUGAUAAUAAAUUCAUUGACGGUAAAUCCAAGGCCGAAAGACUUCGUCGGCGACAGAACAGUCUGAGAAAAAUGCUGAGGGACGAGGACGCCGGUUACAGGGGCGAAAUUGCAGAGCGGGCAGCCGCCGGUUUGCCUUCUGUAAGAGACGGACCCGACAAAGCCUCCGUCGACGAGUUGAGGAAGCAGCUCGACAUGAAAAAAGCGGAGAAAGCACUCUAUUAUCCUCACAAUUACGGUUGUUUUCAAUCGUGCAGCGGUCCAUGCGAAUGCAAGACUGGUGGUGCUUGUUCUCGUCAUUAUCAGGGUGAACACCACAUUGAUGCUUGCAGAAAUUCCAACCUAAGUAUGGACCAAACCAAUCUGCGGAAUUACUCCACCGAUUGCCAGAGCCGCAAGGAAAAUCCGGAGAAUCGUCAUCACGGUGAGAAGCGUCACAUCCAAGGGCACAUGAUGUACGGUAGCAACAUCGACAGCUUCGGCAAUUCUUUCACCACGUCGACUGUUAAACAUACCGGAGAGAGGAGACACUACGAAACCGCUACUGACAGCGUUGACGAAGGGUCGAACCAGCGUCAGCACAGGGAAGACGCUGACCAAAGUUCUACUGCUUCGUCCGUACGUCAGAUGCACGAAGACCAGGAAAGCGUGAUGGGAUACGCGGGACACGCGGCCAUUUCGGAGAGGAGACAUUAUGGCAACCCUUCGAAUAACUCGGGCAGGAGCCUGGCAAAUACAAAUAUGAGUCAGGCCAGCCCGUCGAAACAUGUCUCAGAGAUGGAGAAAGAGGCUGAAGCAGAACGAGAAGCAGAGGAUCAUGAGGAGACAGUCUGCGAAAGACGCUACGCAACGGCUGAUCAGGAACUCGAGCAGAUAUACGAGAGCUGUAACCGGUCUCAUGCUUCGAGCCCGGGUUGCGAUGGCUUUACUAACAAAAAAAAUUCAUCAACCGACAAUAUAAAUUUCUCCUGGAAAUACGACGAUCCCGCUAAACAUCCGGUCUGCUUCCUUACUCACAGUCAAUUGCUGGAGGAGAUACAGGAUUUGGAGAGCAGGGAGGUUCAGGUUUGCAAGAAGCAAAAUUGGGGCGAAGCACUUCGUCUUAGGGAUAUGCGAAACCGACUCGAACUUCAGAGGGAAGUCGAAAUUUUUAAUUGCAAAAAUUUGGUCAAAAAUAAGACCAAACGUUUAGAGAUGACGAAGUUGGCCGACAGAAUGGAGCUGAUGGACAAACGCGAAUCGAGUGGAAAUGACCACUUGAUUUACAGUGAGGAGGCCAAGUCUCUGUGGGAAGCACGAGUCCGAGAGGACAACGCGAUCUUGAGCAAGGAUGAACGGGCCGCGAGAGAGAAAUUACUGCAAGAAUUGGAGGAAGAAUGGGAGAUGAUGUCGUUGAACGACAAGGAGCGGGUAGCUGAGACUCCAGUGAAACAGCAUCACUCGUAUCUUCAGGAAGAAUUGGACAUAAGAGCCGAAGCUAUCGAAAAUGCAGUGGACUUACCUCACGUCUAUAGGUCGAAUGACGAGUCAAAAAGCUCGUGUACUCGAAACAAGGACAAGGGUUCCGCAAGCCUCAUUUUCCUUGGUUAAAAAGGGACCGAUGUUAAGCCUCGUAGAAUUUCGUAGACACUUAUCGCUUAAUAGUAGAUGUAGAAUGUAUGAAUACUACAGAUGGGUAGGAUAUUGUAUUAUACCCGAUUCAUUCGGAGGCCAGAAAUUUAAAAAGACUAGAGUUCGUAGUCACUUGUAGGCUUUAUAAUAAUUUUUAUGAUAUUCGUACAUUUGUAUUCAACCCUCGUGGUAUUUGAUACUAUGUAGCAGCUUCGCAUAUCAGACUGAAAAAAUUAUUUUCAUAUUGUCACCUCUCCCUAAUUCUAUGGUGCUAAUUUGACCGUUAGUGAAACCCUAGAGGCCUUAUAUUAAGAAUUAAGUUGUAAUGUUGCCCUAAUCUUAUGUUUACGUCUUACGAGGCUUAUGUUCUUUUAAAUAUUCUCUUAUCGUAUAAUCUGUAUUAUUAUUAUUUUCCGUUAGGGUGGAUAAAUUAAAAUCGCAUUUAUUUUCAUUUUCCAUUUGAGUAGUUUGAAUCUUCUCCGAGGGCGUUCUAAUAUCUGUUAGAUAGAAUAGAAAAUAAAAGUAAAUAAUUCGUCGA